AUGUCCUCGCUGGGUGUCACUCCAGGGUCCGGUACGGCUACCAUCAGUGUGCGUGCCCUGUCCUCGAUCAACCCGCUCAAGCGCACCAUGAAGCUGAAGGAGAAUCAACAACAGCAGCAGCAGCACCUCGCGGGGCCUCCAGAAUUCCGGCCCGCGGCACCAACCGGCCUAAAGCGAGCAAAGCUGCCGCUCGGCAACUACGUCAGCAGUUCGGUCAACAUUCUCGCAUCAUCAACCGGGUACAGCGAACGUGCGGUUGGUGGGGUGCGCAAGGAACUGGUACACCGUACCAGGCGCACCAACGACCCGGUCGACCCGUCGAAAAGUGGCCCCACUGUGUCGGCCGUCGAGCGCCGGAACGCUCGCGAACGGAACCGGGUACAGCAGGUCAACAAUGGGUUCGCUGCACUCCGCCAGCGUAUCCCGGACGAGAUCGCGGAAGCGUUCGAGGGUGGCGCGACCGCGGCCACGGCCACGGCCACGGCGUCCAGCGGCUGCAGUGGCCGCACUGCCGCGGCCCACAAGAAGCUGAGCAAAGUCGAGACGCUCCGGAUGGCGGUCGAGUACAUCAAGAGCCUUGAGCGCCUGCUGGCGCUCACCGACACAACGGCAACGACGACCGGGAUGGUGGCGUCUGCCGGGGCGCAAGACAGUCAGCUACCGGCGACGCCACCACCGGAACCGACCAACGGGGUCCACAGUCAACCGCCGGCCGGUUUCUUCCUCGCGCUCAAACCGCGCACCAUCAUCGGCAGCAGCAGCGGAGCCGAUGUCGGAGCCGGGGCACCGAGUGGCCACUGUUUCGAUCAGACGCAGAUCACCAUCAUCAACGGGCACCAGUACAUGCGCAUUCCGGGCACCAACACCUUCCACUACCUCGACCCGGAGAGCCUGUACGGUGAGGAUGAGGAGUAUGAUGAGCUGGGUGCCGAUGAUGAUGAGACGCUGUCGAGCACGGUCGAUCUGCUGAGCGUCGAGUCCGCCGUUGCCCUUUCGCCCCAGAGCAACUUUGAACUGGCGCCAGUGGUCGAUGUGGCCACGUCUGUGUCCGUCCUGGGUGAUGGAGCUGCUGGUGGUGGUGGUGGUGGGUUCGAUCAGCAGCAGUACGACGAGCUGAUGCUGAUCAAGUCCGAGCUGGACGAGGACGAGACGGAGCUCGCUGAUGAUCCGGCCUUCCUCAGUUGGAUUGAGGCGAACCAGCAGCUGCACGAGAGUCUCGACUCUCAGAAUCUCGCCGAGCGGGGUUAG